CUGAAGACACCAGAGAGGGCGGCUAUAUAAAGGUUCCCAUGUAUGGAGUCCAUGAACUCAUCUUCUCUUCGUGUAUUUUCCACUCCUUUUUCACGCUUUCGUCGACCAACUCUUAACCUUCUCUCAGUCCCAAGGUUGGUUCCAGCAAGAACUUUUCCUUGCUCGUUCAGAUCGAACACCGUUUCCUCGACGACCUCAAAUCCCAACCCUUUCAAUACAAAGGUACACUCAUCUGUCAAGGCGGAAAUGGCGAUAGCCAAAGGUAAACCGGAGGUGCAGGUCUUUGAUACAGAGGAAGAUCUCUCAGUCUCUCUCGCUAAAUAUACCUCAGAUUUAUCAAAGAAAUUCGUGAGAGAGAGAGGGGCUUUCACUGUGGUUGUAUCCGGGGGUUCUCUCAUCAAAAGUAUUAGGAAAUUAACUGAACCUCCUUAUGUUGAUUCGAUCGAUUGGGCGAAGUGGCAUUUUUUCUGGGUGGAUGAGAGGGUUGUUCCCAAGGAUCAUUCUGACAGUAAUUACAAACUCGCUUAUAAUGAAUUUCUGUCCAAGGUUCCUAUUCCUCCUGGUCACGUCUAUGCUAUCAACGAUGCACUCUCUGCUGAGGGGGCUGCUGAUGAUUAUGAAACUUGUCUUAACCAAUUGGUAAAGAACAAGGUAGUUGAUUUGUCAGCAGCUACUGGGUUUCCUAAAUUUGAUCUCAUGCUAUUAGGAAUGGGCCCAGAUGGGCAUGUGGCUUCUUUAUUCCCUGGGCAUCCUCUCUUAAGUGAGAACAAGCGAUGGGUUACCUUCAUUAAGGGCUCACCAAAACCACCACCAGAGAGGAUAACUUUCACUUUUCCAGUGAUCAAUUCAUCUUCCUAUAUAGCACUUGUGGUGGCUGGAGCUGGUAAAGCUGGUCCAGUUCAUAGAGCGCUUGGUGAUGAUAGCCAAAGUUCUGAUGUACUGCCUGUUCAAAUGGUUUCACCUGAAGGGGAGUUAACUUGGUUUCUGGACAAGGAGGCAGCUUCAAAGCUGUAGGAUUAUGCAUACCUGUGAUUUUGUGUGUUUGGUGAGAUCCAUACAAUGAGUUCUAUGAUAUCUUUAGGGAAAUGGGUUGUUUAAUAAGAGAUUGUAUUUACAGGUUAAGCAAUUUCUUGUAAUACCAAUGGCAGCAAGUGACUACGGAGGUCCUC